UGGACCAGAUUUUACUUUUUCAGUUCCUGCUGCUGCUUGUGGCAGCCUCGUUUUCUAAAAAUGCUGCUGUUCAACAUGAGGGAUGGAUGAAGUGUUUUGAUGAUCCUGACUACGAGGAACUCAUAAGACUUGCCAAAGAUGGGCUGACAAAGACUUCUAAGCCAAAGACCAUCGUAAUUGUCGGGGCAGGAAUUGGUGGACUCACUGCUGCUAAGCUAUUAAAAGAUGCUGGACAUCAGGUUCAGAUUCUGGAAGCCAGUGAUCGUGUGGGUGGCAGGAUAAAGACCUACCGAGAAGAUGACUGGUAUGUGGAUCUAGGACCGAUGCGUCUGCCCAAAGCCCAAAAACUUGUUCGUGAAUUUCUUAAGAGAUACAAAAUCAAGUUAAACCCUUUUGUUCAGACGGAUCAGAAUGCCUGGUAUUUCAUUAGAAACCUGAGGCAAAAGGUGGCAGCUGUCAGUGCCAACUCUGAGCUGUUUGGAUAUCAGCUGAAUCCAAGUGAGAGGGGAAAGUCAGCUGACCAGCUUUAUGUGCAAACACUGGAUAAGCUAACAAAAAACUGCACACUUUUGAAGGAGAAAUAUGACUCCUAUUCCACCAAGGAGUACCUAAUUAAAGAAGGAAAUCUGAGUAGGGGGGCAGUUGAUAUGAUUGGUGACCUCUUGAAUGAAGAUGCUGGAUUCCAUGUUUCAUUUCUUAACUCUGUCCAGGAAUAUGUGGUCUUUUCAGAUGAUGACAGUUUUGAGGAAAUCACAGGUGGGUUCGACCAACUUCCCAAGAGUUUCUUCAAUGAAAUGCCUGGGAUAGUACGAUUUAACUCCACUGUAGAGAAGGUUAUUCAAUCAAGCAAGAAAGUAAAGGUGUCAUUCCGCCAGUUGGACAAACCUGACUUGACAUCUCUGACUGCAGACUAUGUCCUUGUCACAGCUACAGCAAAAGCCACACGACUCAUCAAGUUCCUUCCUCCUCUUUCCCCUACGAAGGCACAUGCUCUGCGUUCCUUUCAUUAUGGAAGUGCCACUAAAAUUGCCUUGGCUUGCACUGAGAAAUUCUGGGAGAAAGAUGGGAUUCAGGGUGGGAAAUCUGUCACAGAUCGGCCAACUCGAAUUAUCUACUACCCAAAUCAUGACUUCCCCAAUGGACUAGGGGUGCUCCUAGUUUCUUAUACUUGGAACGAUGAUGCUGACUUUUUUGUUCCCCUCAGUGAGGAAAAGUGCAUUGAUGUGGUCAUGGAUGACCUGGCAGAAGUCCACCAAGUGUCCAAAGAAUAUCUCAAAUCUAUUUGCACUAAGCAUGUGAUACAGAGAUGGGCCCUAGACAAGUUUUCAAUGGCAGCAUUUGCUUCUCCUACACCAUACCAGUUUAGCCACUUUUCCAAGAGUUUAUCUAAGAAUGAAGGGAAGGUUUACUUUGCAGGAGAACACACAGCCCAUCCUCAUGGCUGGAUCGACACAGCAAUGAAAUCUGCUCUUAGGGCAGCUAGUAGUAUUCACCAUGGUACCAACUGCAUAUUGCCCCAGUUAUAAUAGCAACCCUAGAUGAUGUCUAAUCUUCAUGAAAAAUAAUGUUUUGUUACCCUAUUGACAUGGAUCUCAGCCUGCCAUGUAUUUGUGGCACUAGGUGCCUUAUUAUUAUUAUAUUAUUAUAAAAACUUUUUAAAUGAAGGCCCUUUCUCUUUGAAGUCACCUCCCUGAAGUACUGCACAAAGUUCCAUCUCUUCUGAGCUUCCAUAAUGGAUGCAAGAGAGAAUUCAAUUACUUUAUUGCUCUGACUUCUGGAACGGCAGCAGUAAGAGUCAGUUUUGUCUGGCGAGAGCUCCUCAAGACAUAGCUGAUCUGCCCCAUCUGGAGGAGUCCAGAGGCUUUUGGACUCCUAGGGGGACUUUGGAGAAGACCCCUGAAGCUUUGGAUGCUAUUUGGAGAGAGGUCCUUGGAUGCAGAUGAGAAUAAUCUCUCCGAAACAAAUCCUUCAGCUCAAGAUGGAAGCAGAGCCAUCAUGGCAACUAGCUGUUAGCCUCCAGCAAGCCACACUAUCUCUCUCUGCAAGGACUUUCUGCUUUCAACUGCUACUGACAUCCUCCUCUGCUAGAUGUGUGAGUUUCAUUAAUUAUUCAUGAAUUGUUUGGGAAAUUGACUUUAUGGCUUAAUUAGUAGACAACUCAAAAUUACUGACUGGGAAAAAGAAGACAUCGAGAUUUCAAUAUCGUUAACUAGAAAAUAUUUCUACUUAGAAGUGUCAUGGAUAAAAGUUAAAUAUGGAAAAUAAUUUGAUGAGGGGAUUGUUAAUACAACAACUAAUUGAAAAUUGCUGCUGCCUGUUAUGAUUUAUGAUCUUAUGAUCCUCUCUGUGCCUGCCUCUGCUGUUUUCUGUUCCAAGAUAGCAACUCUAUAAACAAGAACUGUGUAUGCAGAGCUGGCCCUGACCAAUAUUAAAUUUACCAGAUUGGAUUUAUGGUCAUCUGCUGACAUCUACUGGAGAAAGAGUGAUGAUGGAGAUGCUACAAAUAAAUAGAACUGAGCUACAAGAUUCUGUACAGCGAACUAUACAAUUAGUUAUGAAUCAAGUAAACAACACAUUGGAUCAAGUUAUGAAUCAAGUUAAAAAUGUGAAAAUGGGAAUUGUAGAGCUGAAGGUUAUAAUGAAUGACAAGCAAUCCCAGCCUGUUGAAAUCCAAGAGGUAGCAGAUUUGAAACAGGGGACUGGUACACAAAGAUAUAAAGUAAUAGCUUGUCAACAGAAACUUAAAUGGAAAUAUGAAAAAGAAUGGAAGGUAGAAAGAUCAACAAAUAAGCAAAGACUACAAAAGGGACCCAGAAAACAAGGUAAAUAUAUGAAGAAGAGGACAGAGUAGGACAGUACCUGUUUAAGGAUUUGAAGAAAUCAACUUUUAAAAUCUACCUAUCAAGGAAAAAAAUCAAAAAUCAAACUGAAGGCAUAUUGGAAAAAAAGGGGGGGGGAAGAGUACAGCCAAGACAUCCAGCUCUGUAAACAUUAAGUUUGCUGGAAUGAUGACAACUGAUAGCUGAACUUGAGGUCUUGAAAAUGGUUAAAUAUAUACUUAUGGAAUAUGAUAAAGAUGGGAUUUAGAAAGAUUUUGAAAAUUAAUUGAAAGAAUUCUAUCCUUUUGAUAGGGAAAAGUGGUAAAAUUGAUAUAGGGUGGUACAGUAUAAUAAUAAUAAUAAUUUGUGUGAUAUGCUUUGGAUGAAAUGAUAAAAAGAAAAAUGUAUCUACACUAAGAUAAAGAAUGAAAAAGGUAAAAGAAUAUAAGAUUAAGUACUCUGAAAAAGUAAACUAGGAAAAAGAUACAGGACCAUGGAAUAAAAGAUAGAAAACUAAGAUAAUUAUUAGCAUGUUAAAUGUAAAUGAGCACUUUUAAAAAAAAGGUUUUAGGGAGGUUACAAUAUGUUUAAAUAAAUUGAUGUAAAAUGUGUAAGACUCUUUCAAGUAAAGGUUAGAAAAAAUGCAAAUUAUAUAAUAAGUUCGUAAUAGAAGGAGUAAUUGUUUAAGGCUCCAGACAAUUUUCUAAGGUUUUAUAUAGCGGUUAGAUAAUAUUAGAUCAUAUAUAUAUUAGGUUAUAUUAUUAUAUAGACGCCUAUAUUUUUCAAGAGGGAUGUGUUGGUUACUGAAGAUUUUCCCAAAUGAAGAUAAUAAAGACUAUGAGAGACGGAGGAGAUUGCUGGAUGGUAGAAACUACUGUAUUACUGGAAUGAUAACAAAUAUGAAUAAUAAUGAUGAAUCUAUUUGAUAAAAUAUAAAAGGAACUAUAUGUGUUAUCAUAAACACUAUAAUGUACUUAAUAAGAAUACUGAAAGAUAUAUUAGAUGCUAUUGUGAGCAGAUCAUUAUGGAAACAUUCUUCCCUUCUUCCCUUUUUACCCUAUCCCCAUUCCCUCAAUCUACCCCCCCAUAACUUGCUAUGUUUCUUUUCAAUAUCUGUGAUUUGUACUCAAAAACCAAUAAAAAACUAAUUAAAAAAUUA